AUGAGUGAGGUUUCUAAAGAACGUGAGACAAGGGCUUUGUUUGUCGAGGAACCAACAAUACGUUUGGGUGGUAAGACCAACAAAGUCUUGAGAAGCGCCAUGAAAAGCCAGACCAAGAAGGCAUAUCAAGAAAAUGAACAGGAGCAAGUAGAAUCUUCUCCUUUACUUACCUCUACUCCACCAACCGUCUCUAAAGCAUUGGUGAGAUUGUACCCAUACCUCAUCAUUGCCGAUCGAGUUUUGAGUAUAACAACGUGGACCAACGAUGAUAUAUGGCCAAGUGUUUUGAUGGUAGUGGGCUACAUAACGACAGUCCUAUACUUUCAAAAUAUUUUGCGGUUUUUCGGGCAUCUCGUAUUUGUGGGGACAUUGUGGUGUUAUUCUCUUUUGGACUCUUUUGUGGAAGAAUCGAUUAAAGAUAAACCUACACUCGACGACAUUGUCCAUGUCAUUACUCGUGUGAAUGCUAAGGCCGAUUUGCUCCUAUCUCCUAUCGCUGUCUUGAACGGCAAUGACAUCAAGCGACUCCUGUUUACAACGGUUUUUCUAUCCCCCUUGUAUGUGAUAGUAACCUUAUUCAUUUUCCCUCCUCGUCGCUUGCUGUUGUUCGCUGGUGUUUAUUUACUAACCUAUCAUUCGUCGUGGUCAAGAGUUAGUCGAAAGUUGUUGUGGAAGUUCAAGCUUGUAAGGCUAUUGGUGUUUUACAUCACCGGCUUAGACUUGAGCGGGAUCAACAAGAAUCAGGGAAUAUUCGCUGCAGUUCAAAGCAAAGUCAAAAGUUUGUCAUCCAAUAGAAGAAGUACCGAGGAUGGGAAACCUAUCAGAUUCACUUACGUGAUUUACGAAAAUCAAAGAAGAUGGCUAGGAAUUGGGUGGACUUCGAACAUGUUGAGUUACGAAAGAGCAGCUUGGACCGAUGAAUUCAUUAAUGAAGCUCCAUCCCCGGAGCAAUUUAAGCUCCCUGAGGAAAACAUGGGGAUGACAUGGAGAUGGGUAGAUAGGACAUGGAGGCUUGACAUGACCAAUGACGGCGCUAUACAGCUUCCCAGCUCACGUUCGAGGACAACGGCGCAACCCAACACAGACGACGGAUUCAUUUACUACGAUAACACUUGGAAGAAACCUUCCACGGAGGAUUCUUUCUCGAAAUAUACGAGAAGGAGAAGAUGGAUACGGACUGCUGAAUUAUUAAAGUGUGAUGCUUUCGACAUCAAUAAUUUGACCAGCGCCACGAGCGUCGCAGAUGUAGCCGCACAAGCCGUGGAGGUCUCCGGGGACACAAAGGCAAGGGCAGAGGGCGUAGAGCAACCAUCGACCAUUUUGGAAAACGUGAAAGAGCUGGAAUCUUAUAAACGCAAAGUUUCCUUCAAUGAUCAAAACGAUGUGCAUCUAAUCACUCCUGUGGAGGAAGUCGGCUUCCAACGAUUGCCACAAUCUGUCGUUGAUGAUGAAGAGGAAGAAAGUAGGGAAGAUAAUGGUGAAGAAGAAGAAGAAGAAGAAGAAGGAGAGGACAAAAGUGGAGGGCAGGAGAAUGGUGAACUCGACGAGGUGCCGACUGAUGAAAAAGACGCAUCCUCUCCCACUGACCUGGUGACGGGCACCGAAGUUGACAAGACUGCUGGAAACAUAGGGACGUUGAGCUCGCAGGGCCAGAAGACCUUGGACGUUUGUACAACUAUCGAUGGGCCCGCGGUCGCCAAGAAUAAAAAAGAUGUUUGA